AUGAAUUCGCAAUGCGGGAAACUGGUCCGGGCGUGGCUUUUUCGGGUUAGGAACAAUUUUGAGACAUUUCCCUUCAGUUGCCACUAUCAUGUAGCUCUACAGAUCCGGAAAAAAAAACGAGUAAGUAGUAAUAAAUGACCACUAAUUUCUUCAGAGUACCCUAAACCCGUUCAAUUACCUCAACUUACUUCCAAGCCUUUCCCAGUCCCUAUAAAAGCCAUUUACUUCUCUUAUCCUCGCUAAAAAUGAAAAGAGAAGCUUUCAUCAGCGUCUAUGUGACCGUGGCUGUGAUCAUUUUCUUUUUUCUGGCCGAUUUGAUCUACGAAACUGUCAAGAAUCUGCAUGAUCUUCAGCGUAUUGCUCAUUAUGAGAUGCGCGAGUUUACGGUAUUCUUUUUCAACAAUCUUAAUAUCAUUCGACUGUUUUCUUUGAUUUGGAAAAGUUUUACAGUACUCCUCAAACGAGGCUUGGCGGGAAAUGCAGGAAUUAAAAUCGAGGCGUCGAAUCAGAAGAGCUGUCGUCAUUUCCAGGAGUUCGAGAAGAAGGUAUUUUUGAAGGACUUUUCUGAAAAGAGUACAAAUUCAAACUUUCACCAAAUAAAUAACUACUAGAGGAUUUUACGUCAGUACGGGAAAAAAAACUGAAGUUUGUGAAGCUUUUGAUGACGUCACAAAUAUUCAUUCAAAGUUAUAUUUGCGCAGACGAUAUUUGAACCUGGAUCCUAGCCAUCAAAGAACCAUAAGAUUCAAAAUAUCUGAAAUGUGUUGACAAAAAAGAAGAACAGCAGGAAGAAAGUGCGCUCCAACGAUAGUUUGCUGAGAAGUUCCGCCGAAAAUAGUUAUACCUGGAUUUCCGGCGACAAUUCCAAGGCGAUUCGACCCGUCGAUGAUGAUACUGGAGAAGCGACUUCAACGCCAGUACUUGAUGAGAAAUGCUUGGAAGGUUUGUCAUUGACCUUCUUCGAGAAUAAUGGACGCCUUUUCCAAGACUGCGAGCAGAAAAGCCACAUGUGCCCUCUCGGAAGACCGGGAAAACCAGGAAAGCCUGGAAAGGAUGGAGGUUAGUUCAAUCAAGACAACGGGCCUGCUUGCGACGCAUUUGAGCUAAUCCAAAUGCUGAAUUCCAGAACCUGGACUUUCGGGUGAAAAAGGCCGUGAUGGAGCUUCCGGAUCGGCAGUUGGAGCCAGUAACGGUUGCGUAGUUUGUCCCGAAGGUCCGCCAGGAGCACCAGGUUAGUGUCAUAUUUUAAAUUUCUGACCUGUCUGCGUUCUUUUUCUUUCACCAUUGAGAUGAAAGGAUGACGAGAAGAGCAUUUGAAAACAAGUGGUCGCAGAGAAGCUAUAAUAUGAGAAAGAAACUUAGGACCGGAUGGACCGCCUGGAAAGCGUGGCGAACGCGGAAAGAAUGGAAGACCGAUGAGAAAAAUCGGCAAACCGGGGCCGGUCGGUCCACCCGGACAGCCUGGAUAUCCUGGUAAGUCCAUGCUCUUGUUAGUUUUGUGGUCGCAUUUAGAAUUGCUCAAAGUGUCGCGCGUCAUUUGAUGUGAAGUCUAGCCGAAAUUUAUCUAAAAAUCUUUGAAAAAAAAUUUUUCCAGGCUAUCCCGGACAUCCAGGAGAGCCCGCACCGAAUGGAGCCGAUGGAAUCCGAAUAAUUCGAAUAAAAGGUCCUCAAGGACCGCCAGGACUUCCGGGCCUUCCUGGCCUCAAAGGAAGACCAGGAAACUUCGAUAGCUAUGGAAGUGUUGGAAUUAUGGGACCAAUGGGAGCUAUUGGCGUUCCUGGGAAACCUGGUCUUCCUGGAUUGGUUAGUUUUUGCUUUUCAGCAGAACAUAAAGGUUACUCCUUUGAAAGUCUGACUUUUCUGCGCUCUCUUCUCUCUCAUCGGCCAGAUCAUAGAGACAUAAAAUAGCAAGAGAGCGCAGAGAAAUCGGACUGUUUAAAUUUUUGCGAGAGUAAAUUCGAUGGAAUGGGUCCAAAAAAUAAAAUAGCCCUAAUUUUUUUAUUCGGUUUAUCAUCCAUAACUUUGUUAGAAAAAAUUUUUUGACCGGAAACUUCGAAGAAGUUUGGAAAAAGAUCCCGAGGAGCGUGUUGGACACACUUAUCUAGUCGAUUACCCGAAGAUGCAGGGCUUUUAUCAAACCCUAAGGCUGUGCCACGAAGUAUUAGAUCUGUUUUUCUUAAUUGUUUGAAUUAGGAGUUUUUUACACACUGGCUUUGUUGAAUUUUUAUUUGUUGAUCAUGGUUUUCGAUUUUAAUAACUUUUCAAAAAAUAAAAGUUUCUUUUUUUUGAAUCGGUUCGAACCAUCCUUUCAAGCUGUUAAUAACAUAAGUUUACUCAACUAGUUAAAAUUUCAGAUCAAAUUGAUUGUUUUUUAUAAAGUUACGGACGAAAAACCAAAAACCAUUUUCCCGUAUUUUAUAACACUAGAGAUUGAAAUACUCCGAUUUUGCUGCCCCUCUUUUUUUUUCAAUGCUGUCUUCAUGUUUUAUAACUUUCUCGCUGAGAGAAAAGAGAUCCCAGACGAGUCAGACUGGGUCAUUUCGUAUCGUUUAUCCGCAAAAUUAAAUAAAAAGCACUUUCAGAAUGGUCGAUCUGGAAAACCGGGACUCGAUGGAAUUUAUUGUCGUUGCCCUCAGAAAAACAAGAGAAAACGAAGAGUCAAAGUCAAAAGAUUGGUCCAAAAUAAAUGA